UGGCUUUAUUCAGGAGGAGGAUGGUGAUGGUGGUGGUGGUGAUGAGCCCUUUGGCAAGUGAGAGCAGGCAGGCACGCACACGGAGCUGCUCACUUUACACGAGAACCUGCUGAAGGCCACCGCAGCCCUGCGCUGUAGAUGAUGAACACAAGUUACUGACAUAUUGUUCGGGUUCGCCUGAACAGCAGCACAGCGAGCAGCGAGCGAGGAAACCGGCGAACCCGCGGUGAGAAACUGGAACACGUUCGUUAGCAGCUCAGCGGCUUCUGUGUCCGUCUCUCUGUGACACACAGACCCGCGGAACGACGGCUCUGCCGUGGAUUUUUUUUUUCUCAAGCCUACAACACCAGCACCGCGGCAUUAUUUAUACAUGUAAAGACGUUAUCAUUUUUCGCUAAAGCUUUUUUCUUUUUGUAAACGUGUGCGUGUAAAAUAAUUCUGUAGACGUUGCAAAUCUCGUUCAUAAAUAACGUUUGUAAAUAACAGUGAGACGGGAGGAAAAAUCAGUAGAAAGCUUAGUGUCUCUUUAUUUUGGACCUGACGAACUACCUGAAUACACUGAGGGUUUAUUUGACUUGAUCUUCACACCGCAACACUUUGAAGGAAAAUGCUGCAGCUUUCCCACCAGACUUGAUAAAAGUCCCUGUCGAGUGUGCAUUUAUAAAAAGCUGGGCGACGUGUGGUCUCCUUUGAUUAGUUCUGCAUCAAGAGAUAGACAAAAGGAGGAGGGAAAGAAAAAAGGAGGACACCAGUUUAACCAGCGGUCAAUUGCAGCACUGGAAGGACAGCCUGUCAAACUAAAAAAGGGGUGAGUUGGUGACUACAGAGAGAGAGAGACGGGGACUGACGGAAGAGCAAAGGUUUGGAGGAGGAGGAGGAGGAGGUCUAGGAGGGGUGGUAACGGCCCUUCCCCAUGGCUACUGACCCAGGAGAACCCACAGGUACUGAGGACUCCUCGGAGAAACCUGAUGGAAAUAGGGGAGAGGACACUGAGCGAGAGGGCAGGGACAACCAGCAGUGGGAGAGGACACAAACCACCACCUCAGACCUCCCCUCCUCCAAGACUCAGGAGAAAAGAACUACUAGAGGAGAGGAUGGAGGAGGAGCAGAGGCCAGACAGGAAGGUCAGGAGACCACAUUCAAAACAAUUUCUUUUUCCACAGCCUCCUUACCAGUUGACACUGGUCAGAAACAACAGAGGAGGGAGAAGCGCUUUUUCAGGAAGAGUGUUGAGAUUUGUGAGGAGGAGGAUGAGGUGGAUGUGCCCACUGAAACGCCCCGCAGUCCCGCACAUCUGGAGCUGUGUUCCUCAGACACAGUCUUUACUAGCAGUACCCAACAACAAGGGGCUGCAUCAUCCUGUGCUGCCAUCGGCCAUGACCCGUCUUGUAUCAAUGCCAGUCAGGUGCCUGGCAAGGAUGCACCCUCCUCCGCACCCACCCAGAGGGUGAAGGACAGGGACCGAGAGCAGGAGGAGGAGGCAGAGAUGAAGGCUGUGGCCACCUCUCCUGGAGGAAGGUUCCUCAAGUUUGACAUUGAACUAGGCAGAGGAGCCUUUAAAACUGUGUAUAAAGGCCUGGACACUGAGACCUGGGUGGAGGUGGCGUGGUGUGAACUUCAGGACCGCAAACUGACCAAGUUGGAGCAGCAACGCUUCAAGGAGGAGGCCGAGAUGCUGAAGGGGCUUCAGCACCCCAACAUCGUCCGCUUCUAUGAUUCCUGGGAGUCUGUGCUCCGUGGCAAGAAGUGCAUCGUACUAGUCACUGAACUUAUGACUUCAGGAACACUCAAAACUUACCUUAAGCGCUUUAAGGUGAUGAAACCCAAGGUCCUGAGGAGUUGGUGUAGACAGAUUCUGAAGGGCCUGCACUUCCUUCACACGAGAACUCCUCCCAUUGUCCACCGGGACCUCAAAUGUGACAACAUUUUCAUAACAGGCCCCACGGGAUCCGUCAAGAUAGGCGACCUCGGAUUGGCCACUCUGAUGAGGACCUCCUUUGCCAAGAGUGUUAUAGGAACGCCGGAGUUCAUGGCUCCAGAGAUGUAUGAAGAACACUAUGACGAGUCGGUGGAUGUGUACGCCUUUGGGAUGUGCAUGCUGGAGAUGGCUACUUCAGAAUAUCCUUACUCUGAAUGCCAAAAUGCAGCUCAGAUCUAUCGCAAAGUCACAAGCGGUAUAAAGCCAGCCAGCUUUGAUAAAGUGAAUGACCCGGAAAUAAAAGCGAUAAUUGAAGGCUGCAUUCGUCAGAACAAAAGCCAGAGACUCUCCAUCAGAGACCUCCUGAACCAUGCGUUCUUUGGUGAAGACACAGGGGUCCGGGUGGAGCUCGCUGAGGAGGACACAGGCACCCAAGAAUGUUUGGCUCUGCGGAUUUGGGUUGAUGAGCCUAAGAAGCUGAAGGGGAAGCAUAAAGACAAUGAGGCCAUUGAGUUCAGCUAUGACCUUGAGAAUGAUAGUGCUGAGGAGGUGGCUCUAGAGAUGGUGAAGUCAGGUUUCUUCCAUGAGAGUGAUGCCAAGGUGGUGGGAAAAUCCAUUCGGGACAGAGUCAGUCUGAUCAAAAAGUCCCGUGAGCGUCGACAGCAGCAGCUCCUUCAGCAGCACUGGGGCUUUGAAGAAAAAAGAGACUCUUCUCUCACGUCAUGCACCUUUCCUCAUCCGUCCUGCUCAUCCUCACUGGGGCCAGUGGCAGCUGGACAGACAGGAGGAGGACAGGAAUCUGAGGAGCUGCCUGAAGUGGAUCAGCAUGUGAGACAGCAGCAUAUUUUCAGUGGGACAACUGUUAAUCUGCCAGGUGAUGGGUCUGCCAGCUGCGAAUCUUAUGCAAGUGAGCAGAGUCAGGCAUACUCUCAGCAAAGGGAGUCAUACACCCACACUCAAACGACUCUCCCCCUGACAACAUCUAUGUUCCCUUCUGGUGAGAGUGGAAAUGUUCCAAAUGUACCUCUCGGUCAGAGUAUCAGUAUGUCCGGGAUGUCCUUAGGCCAGAGUGGAGGAGGACCUGUUGGUCAGACAUUUCUUCAACUCGGCACCAUGGUUGCACAGGUAUCACCAAGUGUACCUCAACAAUAUUUUCAGUCACAAACAUUUCCAUCAGAUGCAUUUCAAACAGCCACACCACAUGGGUCAAUGCCCGUCUCACAGUCAUACAUACCCCCCGUCUCCCUUCAAGCACCCAUAAAUAUUCUCACCACAUCCAUGUCAGUUAGUGAUCCUGCUGGACAAGCAUCGCCCCUCACUCAGCAAACACAACCCCCUUCCACUCCCAUUCAGCUUACUGACAUCAUUCCCCAGGCAGCACCCCAGCCAACACAGCCUGCCAUAAUCCCUCAGCAGACCAUUGUCCACCAACAACAGAUAGGGAUGGAUCCCCAUUCCUCCACACUUCAGCAAUCACAACAGCAAAUGGAGGCUAAGGCCACUGAGCUCGAACAACAAGUUGGUGCUACUCAUCUACCAACGGAACAGCAGCAGAGACUCUCAGCUACAGCUGUGCAGAAACAUCACCAUGAUCCUCAGCAGCAGGUCUUCAUACAGCAGCCUAUUCAACCUGCCCAGCCACCUCCUCAUCAGCAACUGUUACCUACACAAACAGGUAUGGAUCAACAAGCUUUGUCAUUACCACAGCCAGGAGAGCAACCUCAGACCUAUAAACAGCCAUCAAUGGGGGAUCAUCAUGAGCAGAGCACAAUGCAAUCGCAACAACUACACCAACAGCAAACUCUGCUACAACAGAAGCAGCAGCAACAACAGGCUUUAUCACUUGAGGAACAUCAGAUCUAUGUCCAGUUCGAUCAGCAGCAACUGCUUCAACAGCAGCAGCUUCUGCAACAACAACAACAACAAGCCCUUUUACAGCAGCAACUCGAGCAUCAGUUGCCUUCACAGCAACAACAGCAGAGCCAGUUAUCACAGCAAGCUGGACAACACCAUGCUGGAGCACAAGAACCAGAGAGGCAGCACCAAUGUGGACAGCAGCAGCCCCAACAGACUCAACAGCAGCAGGAACAACAACUGCAGCAGCAAGCCUUACUCCGACAAGUGGAACAACAACAGCAACAAGCGCUAAUGCAACAGCAUUUUCAAAUAAAUGCUAUUUUACAACAACAGCAUCUACAGCAUCAGGAGCAGCAACAAAUUAAACUCCUGCAGCAAAUAGAGCAACAGCAGCAAGCUCUGUUACAACAACAGUUAGAGCAACAACGUCAGCAACACGUUCUGUUACAACAACAACAGCAACAACAACAACAGCAACAACAGCAACAACAGCAACAACAACAACAGCUACAACAACAACAGCUACAACAACAACAGCAGCAACAACAACAGCAACAACAACAACAACAACAGCAGCAGCAACAACAACAACAACAGCAGCAACAGCAGCAACAACAACAACAACAACAAGCAGAGAGAUUACAGCAAUAUGCUCCAAUACAGCAACAGAACAGAGAGCAGCAAACAGCCACAACUCACCUUCAGCAAAUUGAAAAACAAGAGACUGUCCCUAUUCCACAAAGGAACAGCGAACAGCAGAUUCAGCAGCAAGCAAGUGAUAGACAGCAUGUGUGUAUCCCACAAAUGAACCCCACUCAGUUUAUAUCUCACACUUCCCUAACACAGCAGGUGAUAGAACAGCAACAGCAAGCAUUAUUGAUCCAACAGCAGAAAGCAUUUGUUACCCAGCCGCAGUACCAUACCUCUGUUAUGGAACCUCAUAUUCCAGUUGCCGCAGCUGUCAGCACUGAGGUGAUUCAGCACCAAACAUCUGCCUCACAGGCUCAAGUUCCCAUGGCCAUCCAGCAAGGACAAAAUGAGACUCAUCCCCAGAACCAGGGACAGAACCCAGUCAAUUUUGUGGCCCAGAGUCCAGCCCAAGUAGUUCAGGCUAUGACUGAGGCUCAAGUAUCUCCUCCAGCAGCAGUUGCCCAGGGACAGAGUCAUUGCAUCCAGACCCAGCAAAUGAAUUUGCAAACAAAUUAUCAAGGACCUCUCACUCCAACACAGAGCCAAGGUGCUACUCAGACAUUAAUACAGACUCCAUCUUUGCAUCAAACAGCUACCCAGCCCCAGCAAUCACAUGUCCAGGGCCUAGUUGUUGAUAUGACAGGCAAACAAAAUCAAGCUGCUGUCCAGUUUCCAGCUGCAGUUGCAUCAAUUCCCAGUCAAAUCCAACAUGAGUCUCAUUUUCAGCAAAAUGUUCAAAUGCCAGGACUCAUGCAGCCUCAGCUCCAGCAGCAAACUCAAGACCAGUCACCUUGUCAGGUGCAUGCUCAGGCUGCAGCUGGACUUUUGACUCCUCAGUAUGUCACACAGCUUACUCACCAAGCCAUGCCAUCUGUACAACAGGACAUAACUCAUAUUACACAACAGCAGCAGCCAGUACUGCAGUAUCAACAGAUGGUCCCUUCUUCUGGCUCUGCCAGUCUUGCAAAAACGGACAAUUUAAUUUCCACAGUUGGCCCUGUAAACUUUCCUGCCAUACCUCGUCCUGUGCAGCAAGCUGGACAAGGCUAUAUUCCAGCACAAGCUCUUCAAUCUCAGCCGCAGUCCCUGGGAUAUACUACUGAUCCAUCAGCCCUUCAACCCAUCUCACAGCCUGCUCUGCCUCAGUCCACAGAGCAGUACCAACAGCAUCUGCAGAAGCUUCCUCAAGUGCAUGAACUGCCAGCUCCACCUCCUCCACAGGCUCAGUUACUGUUACAGGCCACUGCAGCACCUGUUCAGCAACCGGCUCCUGUUAAGCAUCAGCUUUUUCCACAGUGUCCAAAUCAUUCACAUUUGGUCACCCAUCCACCCACACAAACAGUGUCCAGUCAUGUGGCUGAGCAACACUCCCAGAACACUGCGCUUCCCUUGUAUAGUCAUCUAGCGACAGGUCCUACUCAGUCUCCACCUCACCAGGCCAACCAGAUGCUACCAGAGUACACACACACACAAACCAGCAUCCAGGCCCAAACACAGACACUCAUUCAGGCACCAACACAUUCUCAGACGCAGACACUUACUGAUACACAGUCUGUUCUGACCAAUGCUGUCUUUCCUGCUCAACAAAUGCUCCUCAGUCCCUCUCAUACCUCAUCUCCCUCAACAACAUUACCAUCUCUGCCAUCCCUCCAUCCUGCUGCUGCCCCUGCUCCAGAGCUACCCACAUCUCCACCAGUGGCUCAGGUAACCAUACCGAAGCCGGCCGACUUUAUCCCCACCUCCCCUCCGCCUGUCGCUACUCUGCAAUCACUUGAUUCUAAUGUCCCCAAACUGCCCCGAGCCUCACUGCAAGACUGUGACCUUUCCCUGCUGGGCAAUGCUCAGGGUGGCCCAUACCUGUCAGAGCGUCCUUCUUCUUCAGGAUCUGUCCCAGCGAAUGGAGAAGAACCUCUUCAGCUCUUGGCCAAUGGCAAAUUAGAAAAAUUAAAAACUCAAAGAAGAUCCUCCUCCCAGAGGACUGAGAAGGUUUCACAUCAGUUUCAACUGAGCAUGCUCCAGGUGUCCAGCAGUGGGGACAAUAUGGUGGAAUGCCAGUUGGAGACCCACAGCAACAAGAUGGUGACAUUUAAAUUUGACAUUGAAGGGGACGCACCUGAGGACAUAGCAGAUUGCAUGGUGGAAGAGGACUUUGUCCUUGAUGUGGAGAAAGAGACAUUUGUUGAAGAGCUUAGAACAAUAGUUAAAAAAGCCCAGGAAAUUCUCCAAACACAUUUACAGACUGGAUCUACUGAGCAACUACAUGUGAGCACACCCACUAGCUCAGCAGAAUCGGUGCCCCAUUCCUCUCCAGUGGGACGCUGGCGCUUUUUCAUCAACCAGACAAUCCGCCAUAGAGACUCUCUUUCCAGCCAAGGAGGAGCCAUACCACUACAGGCUUUUGAAACAAAGAUAAUGGAUUCUUUGGAAUUAGAGAAAGAAAGUGAAGGAUCACAAAGUCUGGAGUCCUUGAGUGGAAUGGCCUCUCCCCCAUGCCCUACCCUUACUGCUACCUCCCUUCCAGGCUCUACCACUUCAGCCCCUGCUUCCAUGUCCCACUCAGACACCACUGCCCCUGAAAGCAUCUCUGCAUUAGCCUCCACUCUCAAUGCUUCUGUCCCCAUCACUGCUUCCGAAGGUCUUGAACCGACAGUCCUCACCUCUACAUCUACUGAUCAGAUUUCCACCGCUCCCUCAUCCUUAACCAUCCAUUCUGCUGCUAACCUCCACACCUUGUCUACUACUCCUACUCCUACUGUUGUCUCUCCCACACCCACCACUGUUGUUCGUGAUAUCUUCAUUCCUCCAGGGAGCAGUGGCUGCUCCACUGUGGGUCAAAUUAUAGGGCAUACAGUGAUAACAUCUUCAAGGUCAUGCGUGUCUGCAAUGGACCAGUCCUCAACCUCUUUUCAUUCCCCUCCUCCUACUGCUGCAGUGGCCUCCACAGUAAGCCAAGGUGGCAUAGAGCAUCAGCAGACCCUUAGCCAGGUGGACAAAUCGGUCUCACAACAACAGCCACAGCUACAGGCUUCAGUACAACAGCAGGUAACAGCAGCUCUACAACAAAUGCAGUCAGUGGAGCCUGAACAACAACAGCAGCAACAGCAGCAACAGCAACAGCAACAGCAGCAACAGCAGCAACAGCAACAGCAGCAACAGCAGCAACAGCAGCAGCAGCAACAACAACAGCAACAACAGCAGCAGCAACAACAACAGCAACAACAGCAACAGCAGCAACAACAGCAACAGCAACAACAACAGCAACUUUACAAAGAACAAAUGCAGCUGCAGCAGGAACAAGCUUUGCAACAGUCUAUCCAGCAGUUACAACAACAACAGCAGCAGCUCAUGCAGAAACAAAUACCCCUUCAGCAACAGCUGGCUGAGGUGCAGGGACUGCCUCAACCAAGUCAUACAGAGGUGGUGGCACAGUCUAUCCCUCUGCAGCAGUUUCUGCCACCUGUGCCCCCCCAGCAGGCCCAAAUAGCCCACGUUCAACAGCAAACAACACAAUGUACCCCACAGCUGCUGCAACAGCCUCAGUUGCAGCAGGUAGCACAGCAGGUUUUGGCACCACUUGCUGCUGUGGUGUCCCAGCAGCAGGCUCACAUUGAUCACCUGCAGCAGCAACAGUUAAACCUGCAACAGACGAUACAGUUACAACAGCAGCAAAUGGUGCAACAGCAGCUGCAGCAGCAGCAACUGUUGAUGGGUGCUGUGUCAAUGAAGCCAGAUCAAGGCCAAAUGUUGCCCUUGUCAAUAAAUCAACAGUUUCUUCAACAACAGGCACAGCUAAAUGUUACACCUGCACCACAACAGCAAAUCCCACAGCAAGCUCAAAACACAGGUGACCACACACAACCGCAGGAGGUUGUUAAAGCCAUGGAUACACCCCAGACACAGCAGCAGUUUCCACUGCAGAAGCAGUCAUCUUCACAGAUGUCAGAGUCGGAAGUGUCAACAGGAGACACAAGUGUCACCGAAGACACUGGCAGCUACUCUGCCCCUUUUCACCCUUCCUCUGACUCUUCUCUGCCUCCUCUCCAUCUGUCAAGUGCUGAAGCGCCUUUACCUGCUCUCUCCCUAACAAUGACGCCAUCCCCCGCUCAACCUUCCUCUGUUGCUGAGUCAGACAGUGAAGGCCCUCCCAAAAUUGAUUAUGUAGACAACCGGAUAAAGACUCUGGAUGAAAAGCUGAGGAACCUGUUGUAUCAGGAGUACAGCAGUGGGGCAGCAUUGAUCGGAGUAGCCGCCUCUGACCCUACAUCAGCUGCCUCCACAUCAGCAGGUGGAGACGAGUCUUCUGAGCUGCAGUCACUCCACCACAUGUCUUUCCCCCCACCUGACUCCACAUCAGACACUUCCCCCCACUCUUCAUCCUCCACAACCUCUUCUACCACCUCCCGUUCCUCCUCCACCUCCCCUGAUCCAGAAGGGGAUGGAGGAGAAGAGAAUGUUUUCUUGGAAGUGGCCAACUCUGCAGGGCUAGGUCCAGUGGAGCAGCAGCCUGGCCCAUUUCCACCCUCCACCUCUCCCUCAUUGACCCCACCUACCUCUCUCCUGCCUCCUAAUCAAGGUGACUCUGCUGGUUCCCAGCGCCCACCUGUACCAGGAGAACCAACCAUUCUCGCUGUGCCCUCACACUCUGACAACAGUGCCACCGGAGAAGCAUUGUGGCCUCCCAAUCAGCAACCAAUCCCCCUGCGGCAUGGACAUCAGCAGCAGCACAAUGUAGGAGGUGGAUAUUUUGGCCUAAACCUGACAUGUCCUAGUAUCAGAAAUCCUGUUAGCAAGAAAUCAUGGACUCGCAAAUUCAAAAACUGGGCAUGCAAACUGCGCCACUCCGCCAGCUUGUUCAAGAAGCCCAGAGUCCAGCAAGAUGGACAAUCCACCUGUCAGGCGCUCAGAGAGGAGAAAGAGGUGCCACCCCUAAAUCCAGUUCAGUUGCGCAAAGGACGAUUCCAGGUGACUCCAGUACUCCAGACCUCUCCUAAAAAGGAUCCAACAUCAGGCCAUGGUAGCACUCAAAGGAAAGUGGGACGUUUCUCUGUAACCCAGGCAGAGAUGAAGAAAGAGGAUGGGCAGACUGAUACCUCCCUGGUGUCUCCUCAUUUGGAGAGGGAGAGGAGGAGAUCUCGGGUAAAGGAAGGGGAGAAAGAUGAAAGUAAAAGGAUGUCAGUGUCAGCCCAUCAGUCUCGGGGUCAUGGACCUCACCACUCGCCUCUGGGCAGCAGCGAUGAUGAUGAGAGCGAGUUGGAGGACGAAGGCCUGAGAAAAGAACUACACAAUCUCAGAGAGAAACACAUAAAAGAGGUGGUAUCCCUUCAGGCCCAGCAGAAUAGAGAGCUGCAGGAACUCUACAGACAACUUCGUUCCCUCAAAGACCAAAGACAGAGUCUGCCUGCCUGUCUUUCCCUAAGCCCUCCUCUUCCCAUGGCUCCUGUCGUCUCUCCACGCAGGCCCAGGCCAGCAAAAAUCAAACUCCGGCCCCGACCUCACUCUCACAUGGAUAACAAUGGGGUCACACACUCUGGGAUUCAGCAGUCAAGCAGUAUCUCAGGUGGUGAACAGAACAGACUGCCCCUCUACUGCAACCCUGCACACUACCCAUCACUGCCUGCUAAAAGAGAUCAGAGUCCUCUAAGAAAAAGCACAUUCACAGAUGAACUGCACAAACUUGUUGAUAAUUGGACAAAGGAGUCGGCGGGCCCUGUCCCAGCCAAGCCUUCACUGAAUCAGCUCAAGCAGAUUCAGCAGGUGCAGGAAUUGGGAGGCUGGAGUCCUUCGACUGAGGUGGCUACACCAGGUUGGUUCCCAGUAGCACCACUGAACCACCAAGCUUCUCAAGCCCCUGUCAGCUUACCUGUGGCAGCCCCUUCUCAUUACACAGUUGGAGGAAGCGUGUCCAAUCUCCCUUCUCCAGGACCUCCAGCAAAAACACAAAUGGCUCAGGUGCCACAGAUGCAGCCAAGUUUACACCUCCAUCAGUCUCUCCCCCUCCAGCAGAUAACCUAUCAGCAGCCCCCGCCCUGCCAGCAGAUACCGCAGCACCAGAUGCAAACUCCGGUACAGUCUCAGUCGUCACCACCGACACAGCCGAUUACCCAGCUUCCCCACUCAUCACCUCAAAACCAGCCAGUGCUGCCUUCUCAAAUGCCCACAUCUAUUGUGUCUACGGCCACAUCUUUGCUGCCCAGCAGUGGUAACACUGCACCCUCAGAUAGUACUGCUGCUUCUGGGGGAACAUGCUGCUCCUGUCCCUCAUCCUCCUGCACCUGUUCCUCCUCUUGCUCUUCUGCUGCUCUACCUUCCAGUGCCAAAAUUCACCCAACAACCCCCACCUCAACUCUUUCUUUGGGACAGAAAUGAAAUUGAGGUGAAAUGUGAGGGCAAUAUGAAGGUGCAAGAGAUUGAACAUCUAAGUUGUUAAGUGGAUCUAUUUGAAGUGUUAGCUCUUUGUAUGUAUGUGGAAAUUGUGACUACAAUGAAUAUAUGGAUUGAAGUGUGUUUCUGGAUGACAUGAAGAGAGAAUGUGAGGGAUGAUAGAUAAUAUGGAAAGCUGGCGUCUCUGAAUCGUGGAAUGUUUGGGUGUUGAGAUGUAUAAACUCUUUAAUGUAUGGGUGAGUACAUUUAUGAGUGUGAGUUAUUGUUUAUGGAUUAUUGAAGUACAUAUCUUUGAUGUCCUUUGACACAGUUUAAAAUUAAUGUUUCUGAUUUCAAAACCAACACAGUUGGACCUGAGUUCUCCCCACGCAGAGACAAGAGGGUCAGAAUAUUUGACAGUGUGUUGUUGUUCAAUUUGUCAAAGCUUACAGUGAAAGGACUAUCAAUAUUAAAAGUGCAAUUAGCAAUGGUCAGCAAAAUGGAUCAGCAUGUAUUGUAUUGAUUUGUCUGAAAGGCAUUAGAUAUUUUUGUAUAAGCACAUCGAUGAAUACCAGACGCAAUGAGCUUUUUUUAAUGAUCUUGACAUGAUCUUUUAAAAAAAAAACAGGCCUACUGUAUAACACAGGGUGUUUAAAUAGGCAGUGAAAACAAUUAAACCGCAGCAUGUUACACAACAAAGCACAGUUAAGUUGUCUGGAUACCAUCAUUACCAUAAUAUGACCAAAUACAUUGUUAGUGUUAUGCACCAUACUGCAUGUGUAUUAUUUCAUGUUUAUUGCAUAGAAGCAGACUUAAUUACAAUCAGGGGUUCGGUAUAAAUUCAGAUAAAGUCUUAAUAUGAUGGCUAAUUGGAAUAAACCAUCUAUGUUCAGUGGAUACCUGGGUCGACUUAACCCAAGACUGCAUGACUAAAUGACUGCUUGAGUGCAAACCUGUCUGCACUCGCUAUAUAUUCAUUAAUCUCAUGUUAUUUGUGUGUAGCCUACUGAGAAAAAUAAUCAGUCAUGAGUAAAUUUGGAUUCAGGAUGACCUGCUUUCACGUUUGUCAUUUGAGAUUUUAGCUCCGCAAUUCAAAGUAUAUCACCGUGUCAUGCUGAGGUGAAUAAAGACAACUGCCAAGUCAAAGAUGGGGUGGGGGGCAUAUAGGUUAUUCCUUUAUUGCCUUUAAAAAAUGACAUUUGUUGUGAGUGUGUGAUUGUUUAUUUUUGUGUGUGAGACAGUGUUUUUGAAGAUAGUCUCAUCGAAUAGUGCAUCGUAAAUUGCACCUGUUAUACUCAAAGCGGCCUCUCAAACAUCACUGUGCUGUUUGCUUUCCUAUACUGUACAUCCUGAGCUUGUUUCCUCAAGUGAGCCCUUAGACCAUAUAGUGUACCAGUUGUCAGCUUGCUUUCCAACACUGUUGUUUUGCGAUGUACCAUUUCUUUAUUUCAGUUAACCGUUUAGUCUUCAACCACAGAUCGUCGGUGUGAUAACAUCUGUCAGAAGCUGAACUGUGGGAUACGUGUGCUUUAUUCGCACUAACAGGUUUACUCAUGUUCAAUGUUCUAUUCCUCUGUUCAUAAACUCACUUCACUUUUAGUCACAGAAAUAAACAGGGUAAUAUAUCCGAAGCAGAUAUAUUACUGUACUAUAUACUUUAUUGGGUUAUCAGUGUGUUUAGCCAUACAUACAUUUGACCAUUGAUAGUCGGGCCUUAAUAUUUUUUUGACAUAACAAGUAGCCUGUAGUCAAAGUAACAUUUCAGUUGUAUUAAUGAUGAAGAGAGUGUGUGCCACAGAAAACAGGAGAGUGUACAGGAUGUAAACGAGUGUAAUGUAAGUCUUAGAAAUUUAAAUCAGUGGUGGGUAAGGACUGGUUAAUGCUAAAGGAUAUGGUUGGCAAACUGCAACUGCGUAGAGUAUAACAACGGUUUUCUGUAUUUGUUGCUUUUUAAAAAAAAACAACCCACAUUUUCACAGCAAUGUAGUUCAUUAUUAUUGAAGGUGAGAUACUGUGCUGUCAUGUCUGAUACUAACAUGUUGACCACAAGCUAAAGCAUUUUGAUCAUGAUGUGAAGCUGGCUUUGUCCUUGAAGUGUUACCAAAACAUUAUCUAAAAGAUAAAGAUUAUUUUUGUAUUUUGAAAUGGGGUUGUACAAAUUGUAUAAAUUUGUUCUCAUCAUUAUUACCCAGAGGUUAACUGAAAGUAGGAAACACAGGUUACCAUUGCUGUUUACAUGGGAUUCCCCUUCCUUGAUAUACCUCUCUGAGUCAUUUAAGAUUAUAUUCAAAGAAUCUUUGGUCAUUUUUAAUGUCUUAUUUCUGUUUCAAACCAUGAAACUUGCUGGUACAUAACAGAAAGACUUAUGCUUUUGGACUGCAGGUCAAAUAUAGUAAAUUUCGAAAUGAAUAUAACAAAAACCUGGGGAGUCCCAAAUGGCUUUAAAGAGUAACUAUUACUAAAAAGGUCACGUGGACAAAGAAACUUAGAAAUAUAAGGAAUGUUUCCUGUAAUUUAGCCUCUAUAAAUUGUGACAAAUUCAACUGUUGAUUUUAUUCAUGGUUUGUUACUAAUCUAAAUAAAUGAUGUAAAACAUCAAA